AUGCUUUUAGCAUUGAUUUUGCUACUUAAAAUUGUUAAAUCUAGUGGAGAUUCUGGCUUAUUUCCUGCAUCAAGUAAUUCGAUAUCUUGGCAAUCAACAAGCUUUACUACUAAUAAAUUAGCUUCAUAUGCAAAUACCAAAUGGCUAAGAGUUCAAGAAAUAUGCCCAAAUUGUUCUCUAUUUGGCAAAUCUGAUUUCUUGGGUGAUAUUGAUCAAGGCUCAGUUGGAGAUUGCUAUUUUCUUGCUGGCAUUACUUCUGUGGCAGAAGUUGAUGCUAGAUUCAAAAAGAUUUUUGUAAAUUAAAAGAAUAACGCAGCUGGUCUCUUUGCAUUCAAUGUAUUUAUCAAAGGAGCUCCUACAGUCGUUGUAGUAGAUAGCCUCAUUCCAAUAAAAACUUCAAAAACUCCAUUGUUUGCAACUAUUGGGACUGAUUAAUCCUACUGGGGUGCUUUAAUAGAAAAAGCUUGGGCAAAAGUGAACGGUAACUAUGAGAAGAUUGGAAGUGGCUACAAUAAUGAAGGUGUUGAAUUUUUAACCAAUGCGCCGUCCAAGCGUAUAUCUAUGACUUUACUUAAAGCUGAUACUCUCUGGAAUUUGGUGAAGGAUGCAGAUAACUCAAACUUCGUUAUGAAUGUUGAUACACCUUCUAAUCCUCUUGGCGAUAUUGCUCUUUGUUAAUUCAAUCUGCCUUGCUAACAUACUUUUUCUCUAAUAAGUGUUGUGGUAAUUAAAGCAGCAGAUAAUUCCUAGAUAAAUCUAUAUAGAAUAAGAAAUCCAUGGAAGAAGGAUUCAAAAUUCAAUGGAAAAUUCAAUGAUACUGCCUCUAUCUGGAAAACCGUUGGCCUUGAUAACAAAACUUAUGCAAAUCAAGCAGGGGUUGUGAUUGCUGAAGAUGGAGUAAUAAUGAUGACAUCCGAUGAAAUGAUUCAAGCAUUUUCAUCAAUCACAAUUUCAUACGUCAAUGAUACUUGGAUAACAUCUUGGUAUGACAAAUUAAACGAUCGAGUAAUGUCAAAUGUUGUUCCAUCUAAUUACUAUUUCUCCAUAAAUCAAACUACAAAUAUGUACAUAAGAUUAGUGCCUUAUAACUCUAGAAUGUACUCCUUGGAUUGUAAAACUGUGAAUUCAAAAAUAAUCUUAAGAUUAAAGGAUCCAGUGACUUUAAAAUAGAUAGCGUUUUCUUCGAAUAAUGAACAUACUAAUUAUGGCCUCAAUUUCUCAGAAAGUGGAUUAGCUGCAGGAAAUUAUCUUUUAGAAGCUUAUGUUACCUGGGCUGCUGGUGCGACUAUCUAGCAGAAAGUUAUCACCAUUGAUAAAAAUAUCACUAAUAAUUUAACCAAAACCAAUGAUACUUAAGCCAUAAAUACACCUACUGCAGCUAAUAAAACUAGUCCACCAGAUAUAGUAUAGGUAGUUUAUUCUUUUACAGGCAAUCUUACUCUUGACUUUGUAAAAAUGAGAAAUUCAUCAUCAUUCACCAUAUCAAAUGAUAUAAAUGGUUACCUGUAUGGAUAGUAUGUAUAAAUAAUUAAGUACAAUAAUGGUAGCUCCAGAUAUGAGAUAAUUACAACAGAAAGUCUUGAAUGUAUGUGUUAAAUUCCAGUAAACUCUUAUCCUAAAGAAUGUGGAUUUGCAGUUCUUCUUCCUAUAGGGGCACCUUUUACAAAAUCUUAUUCUGCUUCUUCAGUCUAAUGA